AUGGAGCGACGUUUGGGCGCGGUGGAGCUUAGUAAGUACAAUGGUAGGGACGAGGCGCCCAUUUACAUCUCCGUCAAGGGAGUCGUCUACGACUGUUCCGCCGCCGCCGAAUUUUACGGCCCUGGCGCCUCGUAUCACGUCUUUGCCGGCAAGGAGGUAUCGCGGUGUCUGGCGAAGAUGUUAAUCAGCGACGAGGAGGCGAACGCAGGUUGGUGCAACCUCACGGAGGAGCACCGCGAGGCUCUUGAUGAAUGGUCCGCGAAGUACAAUGAAAAAUAUCCGGUUGUUGGUCGCUUUCUUCCUGACGACCAGUUCGAGGAGCGAGGAGCGGCGAUGGAGCCAUGA